AUGUCGGCCACUCCGUUUGCCAAGCGAGUCAAUUUGUUUCUCAGUUUCGCCCAAUCCAGGAUCCAGUUCGUCAGCUGCAACCUGGCCAACGGAGGGAUCGAGCCUUUUAGCGACAAGCACGCGUCCAUGUCGAGGAGCGCUUGCCAAGCUAUCCUUCGGCAGUUGGACGCACUUGGUUCUCACGUCACUUGCGAAGCUGCCAUGGGCGUGGUGGAGACCAUGAACGCGUCUCAUAUUUGCCCGUUCGUUGAAGCAGACAGGGCUGCCAUCGUUGACGCAAUCAACGCCAAGGCCGACGUCUCCGGGGCGGCCGAGCCCGCUUCCGCCCAUCCCUCGGAGAAGAAGCAGACCAUGGACUACCCAGAGAACUACGUCACCGAUGCCGAGUGGCAGUCGCUGCGCGGCGCGCCCGAGCAAGCGAUCGGCACUAUCCUUCGCAAGAUGGGAGACCAGACCAUGACGCGCGCCAUCUGGUGGAGGGACUCCAUCAAGUCAGGUCUUUGCACCAUCCGCCGCAGCGCGCAGGGCUACGAGAAUCUGGCCCUCAAGUACCCUGAGGGCCCGGAGGAGUUGGCCAGCAUAGAUGCCACGCUGUUCAACCUGCUGUUCCUCGCAGCCCCUCCCGUCUUGCCGCCAGAGGAUAUGUGCCCGGAUGCGCUCACCCUCAUGAAGAGUUCCAUGCCGCGUAGGGUCACGAAUGGCCUCGUUGCCGUCAGGGCCCCAGGCCGUCGAGGCCCAGCCGCGAUGUCUCGAGCGCGGUCGUGCCCGGCUGUCGUUUGCUCGGCGCCCGCCUUGAUGGGCGCCAACGCGCGCGCCUACCAGGCGAUCGUGCCCGCAG